AUGGCCCAGGCCACCCCUGGAUCCGCCCCUGAAUCUCAUCCAGCGAAAACUGAAAGGAGCCUGAUUCCAUCAAUGGGAUUUUACUCUGAAAGGCUCCAGCAGCGGAGCUCCAACAUGCUGCUGCCGGGAAACGACUCUUCCGGCUGGGCUGAACUUUCGGAGUCUAACCGCUCUGAGGUGUUCGGCAGCACGGCGGAGAGCGGCGGCGCGGGACCGGAGGCGGUGAUUGUACCGGUUGUAUUCGGGCUGAUCUUCGUGGUGGGGGUGGUGGGGAACUCUCUGGUGAUGCUGGUGAUCGGUAAGGUGAGGUACACCGUUGGAGGGGGAGGAGGGGCGAAGCACCCCAACAGCCCGACCAACAUCUUCAUCCUGAACCUGAGCGUGGCGGAUCUCAGCUUCCUCCUCUUCUGCGUCCCCUUCCAGGCCACCAUCUACUCUUUACCGGAGUGGGUGUUUGGAGCCUUCAUCUGUAAGUUUGGACACUACUUCUUCACAGUCAGCAUGCUGGUGAGCAUCUUCACUCUGGUGGCCAUGUCUGUGGACCGCUACAUCGCUGUGGUGCUCUCCAACAAGACUUCGUGCGUCAGGAGCCGCAGAAACGCGCUGGCAGGUGUGUGCGUAAUUUGGAUACUGUCUCUGUUGUGCUCAGUGCCUGUGGCGCAGCACCAGGUCCUCACCAACCACCCUAAAGCACCCAACAGUACCUUCUGCUGGGAGAGGUGGUCCGGAGCGUACAAACCCAUCUAUAAGGUGACCAUCCUGGUGAUUGGAUACCUGCUGCCGCUGCUGCUCAUCAGCUGUUGCUACGCUAAGGUUUUGUUUCAUCUUCAUAAAAAGAUGAAGAACAUUUCUAAGAAGUCUGAACGCUCCAAAAGAAAGACGGCUCAGACGGUUCUCCUGGUCGUCACUGCCUUCACCAUUUGCUGGAUGCCCCAUCACAUCAUCGCCAUGUGGGUGGAGUUUGGCAGGUUUCCCCUGAAUGACGCCUCCUUUGCCUUUCGCAUCGUCUCCCACUGCUUAUCGUAUGGAAACUCCUGCGUUAACCCCGUCCUCUACGCCUUCCUCUCAGAAAACUUCCGCAAGGCCUGCCGCCAAGUCUUCACCUGCCACUUCAUGUUCUCGCCACCCCCCAAAAGCAAGGUGGUUCGUUUCCGCACGGAGAACUUCUCCACCACGCACUCCAACACACACUCCACCUCCAACAUUUGAAGAAUGGAGGGACAGUAUCAGAUCAGUGAUGAAAACCUUUUUCUGGAGAAAGAAGGGCAGCGAGUGAAGGUUUCUCUGUUUACAGAUUCUGCAUAACUAUAGAGAAUCUGCAGACGUAGGACCUGUUAGGUAUCAGAGGAGUAAGAACAGUAUCAUCCUGCAGUAUUUCAGCAAACGGACGGUUGUUUAUAUGGUGAGCAACAAGGGUUGGUUUGCUAUCCCCCUUAAAGCAUUUCUGGAACCCAUUGGUGGCAGUUGAGACAUUUGCAUGCAACUGCAACUAACAGUCGUUUCUUAGACGAUCUCUUCUAACUCAAACUCCACUCUUGCCUCCUAAGUUGUUUGUCAGACUGUAAACUACAGAUGCACCUGGCUUCUAUUUUCUCAAAGUAAGAAAAACCCCAUGGAGUGUAGAAAAUACUGGAUAAAGUCUGAGUGAGGUAUGCUAUUUAGUUACUGAAGGAAAGUUUUUGAGUUCAACUGCAGCAUAUUGAAAACACAGCCUUAACUUGUUUUAGAUGAACCUAAAAUCAAAGAAGUGGCUCUUAGGUGGGUCUUAAACAUCCUGACAAACAGCUUCAUCAUGCAUGCUUGCAGUUACAUCAGCCAUUAUGUAUAAAUCAGUCCCCUUGUUUAAAGACUUAUGAAAAAUGCAUCCCCUUCCAAGUAUGCGUACAUAAAAGCAUGAAAUAUUCAGACCAUAACUUUUUUAAACAGGCUAUAAACAUGUUUAUUUCUGUUGUGACUUUGGUGCUCCUGCAGCCAGCUUCAACUGGACGAUAGAGGGACUGCAGUUUUUCUGCACUUCCGCCAUGGUUUCAGUUUUCAGCACCUUUCAGCUUCGUGUGACAUGUAUGGCGCCGUUAUAUGUACACAUGUGGAUAAAACUGUUGGUACCCUUCCAUUAAAGAAAGAAAAACCCACAAUGGUAACUCAAAUAACUUGACUCUGACAAAAGUACUAAUAAAUAAAAAUUUACUGAAAAUGAACUUUUGGAAAUCACACAUUGCUUUUGAAUUGUGGUUCAACAGAAUUAUUUUAAAAACAAACUAACGGAACUGGCCUGGACAAAAACCAUGGUAGACUAAAAAGACUGGAAAUAAUGUGACCAUAGGGACAUAUGAAACUAAGGUGUGUUCUGUAAUUAGCUUCACAGGUGUUUUCAGACUUGUAAUCAGUCUGCCUAC